CUCCCACAAAGGAAAGCAAAGCGCGCGACCGACAGGACUGUCAUCACCAACCGGCAUCGUGGUCUUUUCUCAAGCCAAGUGUUGUUUUAUUGACACCCCCACUAACUUUAUCCUUCGUAUCUGGUGAUGGUCCUGUCAGAGCUUUGAAUUCAGCUACUUUUAUUCCCCGAAACCGGUCAUAUGUACAUAGCAGAAUACAUUGAAGAAGAUGAGGAACCACCUUUGCUGCUCAGCUCUUGUCCUUGUCACGGUGUUUGGCUGUGGUUGGACUGCAGGUCAGUGUCGGUGGGGAGAAGGGUGUGUGUGUCUGCAAUGUCCCGUUGGACAUGAGCCUUCCAAACCUUGUGGGCAGAUCCAGAGUCAGACAGAGGAAGUCCGGUGUCGUUCAUGUCGCACAGGAACCUUCUCGGAAUCAUUAGACUCUGAACUGUGUCGUCCGCAUACCCCGUGCAAACUCCACGGCCAAAAACUCGUAACCUCUGGCACCGCCAACUCUGAUGCCGUGUGUGGAGACUGUCUGCCUGGGUUUCAAUCCAAAACUGUUGUAGGAAAUGCUUCAAUCAAAAGCUUCUGUGUAAAAACGUCUUUGCACGUCAGAAGGGUGCGCACGGUGGGAAAAGGCACUUCCACUGGUGGCGGAGGGCCCGUCAAUGACACAGUUGUUCGCAGCGCCGAAGAGAAGACGGCCGAGUACGCUGUGUUUGCUCUGGUGCCAAUCUUUUGUGUGAUGGGGCUGCUCGGGAUCCUCAUCUGUAACAUCUUGAAGAAGAAAGGAUUCCGCUGCAAUGCUGAGAAGGAGGGGGGGGAUGCAGAGGCUGCUACUCAUCAGAAAGAAGGUAACAGUUAUCCCUACAUAUCUGAUGACUUGAAUGAUGACACAAUUAGUGUUCUUGUCCGCCUGAUCACUGAGAAAAAAGAAAAUGCUGCUGCUUUAGAAGAACUGCUGCAGGAGUACGAGAGCAAACAGAUGGCGCUGAGCAACGGCUCAUUAAUUAAGCUUCCCAUGCCGUCUCCCUUGUCCUCGUUCUGCACCCUCCCCAGACUGUGCCCCCACCAGUCGCACCUUCACACCAUCUCCGGUCUCUCCGGCUUGGGACUCAAGCACGGUUACCGUUGUUCUCGCUGUGCCCAAAGGAAAUGGCCCCCUGUGCUGAUGCCCCAUCUGGAACACUUGAAAGAUCCACCACAGUCUGUCGUUCUCCCUUCCCUUGAAACAUCCUCAGACCAGAGGAGGCCACCCGUCAUGUCUGGAACGUACGUCACCCCUCACUGUGCACAAGCUGCUGUGCCAAACACUGAACCAAAGACUGUGGACUUCAAUGAGGCGAAGGAAACGAGGGAAGGAGAGCUGAAAGUUCUAUCUGUCGGAAGAUUUCAAGUUGCUCACAUCCCUGAAUACAAGCCAGUCGUCGAGGAAACAAAGGCACCAUCCCAGGAGCAACGCAAAUCCCUUUUUGGCGGGAUUCCCUUCUCUUCGUCUUCCUUAGCCAGCCUCAUCAGGUACAACUUCAGUCUGCCCCCCACUGUGCUUUCAACUUGAAGAGACAUGUUUCCAAAUGUGCACGCACCAUACAUAUGUUAGAUGAAGUUGUACGUACUGUAUUCCAGGUGACGGUAGAUGGUGUAUGAUAAGUGGGAGUAAGACUACUACUGACAACAUUUUACCACUGGGGCCAAGUCCUGCUCCAGAGAACAGCAAAGAGCUUAUCCAAAAGGAAAACUCUGUAUGUGCGCUUAAGAUAAAAACCAGAGGUUUGUACGACAUCAUCGGAUCCGAAGCUGUUAUUACUCAGCACUUUAGGGGGCAGAUGUGUGGAAGAAUAAGCCCGGCUGUUUGAACUCCCAUAACAAAAGACACAUGCUUAAGUAAACACUCGGUUACGCAAUAGGUACCAAGUCAUUCUUCCCAGUGUAAAGGGAGGGCAAACUGGACUCCUGCUGUAUGUGUGCAUUCAGGUGCGGUAAACAUGAAACCAGGUAGUGUUCAGCACGAUAAAUGAACAUAAAUGAGGUUUUCAUCAUCAUGAUCAUUUUUCAGGGUCAAACUACACUGUAAUAGCAGGUGGGGAUUGAAAGAAAAAUGUUCUAUUCAGUUUCAUUAUUAUAGCUCGAGUUGCUUCCUUGUUACCUGAGCUUUUAGAUAUUGGAUAUGUUGGAUAUAACAUAGUCCCAACUGAUGUAUUGACAAUACGCUCAUGAAUGAACUGCAUCGGACGCCAUCCCAGUGGCUUUUAUUAGGGGUUAAGACACAAAUAGACACAUCACAUGUCAAAUCUCAUAUUAAAAAAACACAACACAUAUAUACUGUUUAUGUAUAUAAUAUACAGAUCACUACAGAUAAAAUAAUUGCAUUAAUAUUGAACAUUUCAGAAACAUGUUUCUUAACCUGCACCAAAUUAUUUUUCUCUUUUCAUUCAUAACACAAUAUACUUGAAUAUACUUUUGUGUGACUUGGAAUAUUGACAACUAAAAUGAAUGGUGAGCUGCAGUCCUUACUUCAAAUUCAAAUAAACAUACUUUAUAGUUCAUAUUUUUUUCCAGUGGUUGAAGAAUAUAGGCUUAGUGGUUUGAUUUCAGUGUACUAUUAACCUCUUUUUUUUUUUUCACAUGACAAUAUAUUUGAAGGAUAUGAUAUUUAUUGCUGAUAUUAACUUAAUGUGCUGCUCAAUGUAUUUUUAUCAGGCAUUCUUAACAGGUUUUCAAUCUGAAGUGUUGCUGGAUUUAAAAACAAAAUUCAUCUCAAUGUAAUUGUACAGUAUGUAUAAUUUUUACCGCUGAAAUAAA